GCAAUUUGGAUUUCGUAAUACUUGCCUUCGGUACAAACAGUACGUCUCCUGUACUCUCUUCUCUGGCAUGCUUCUCCCGUUUCUUUUCCACAGUGGUGUUUGGAAUGGCACACUACAUUCCUACCCCCUUAGGACAUGUAACUUUUCCAGGGAACCCGUGUCCCUACUAAAAAAAAAAAAAAUGGGUGUCUUGGGAAAUAUUCCCUCUAGCUUCUGCUAAGUGCUAUAGCGUCAGUCCAGGCAUGUGUCCGGUGAGGACAGAAGCCUUGUCCCUGAACCUCGCUGGCUCAGCCACGUCUUGGCUCAGACCCGUGGUCUGUCUCACCCGGGAAUGUGGUACCGGAUUGCUGUCACUUUAGAGACCGUUUUGCCAGUCCAGGAGACAAAGGAUUUUUGCCUCCCCAGCUUGAGUUGGAGCCAGGAGAUGUUGAAACAGUUUGCGAGAUUUAUGGAGAUGUCGAAAGACGGGACAUGGCGAAGGAUACCGAACUCGAGGCACUUCCACAAUGAUGUUCCAGAAUGGGUAAGGAAAGAGUCCGUGGCAAAGAACCCAGAUGGUACCCGUAUGUUCCUCCGAAACAUGGAUACAGAAGGAGUGGGCUUUGAAUACGCCCUGUUCUUCAAUGGGUCCGAGAAAAGGAUGGUGUCCAUCUUCCAGCCAGGACGUUACCUGGAGGGAGCACCUGGUCUUGUUCCUGGUGGGGCGAUCGCUGCCAUGCUUGACAACAACCUUGGGGCGUGUGCCAUCGGUUCUGUUGGCUUGAUCGUGACGGCCAACCUCAACAUUGACCACCUCAGCUUGCCAGGCAGAGGUGGCUGAACCCUUUUUCAGCUUGAGGGCUGAACUGUCUCCCAGAAGGAUUUGGGUCCCCAUUCCAGGGCAGGGAGCCAAGAAGGCCAACAGGCUUGCGCUUCAACCUUUUCUGCUGUGGAAAGCUCAGAGGAGGCUGGAUUCAACGAGCCAGCUUUUAUCUGGAGUCCUGCAGGAGCGAUCCAGGAUGGCCCACGGUGGCGAACUCCUUCUGGGGACGGAGCAAGCUGCAGGAUGUCCAGAGUCUGCUUUUGCAACUGUCGUGAGCCACCCAGAGAGCUUCCGCUUUGGGUGUGACAUAAAAGAAACUCAUUAUGCUCAUUUCUCUUCCUACCAGCAUACAAUCCCCUUCUUGAAAGAGCUUCACUGGUUACCCGUCUGUUUCCAGGCAGAAUUUAAAGUGCGAUACAGCUUGGACUGCAAUUGCUUCCUCAAACCAAGGCCACCACGAGGCACUUCCAAUAGGAUUCUGUCUUAAGAGUUGCAGCGCUGAAUUCCCAGGACAACGGACACCAACAGGGUGUAAUGCUCAGUGUUCUCCACCAGAGGGCACCCAACUUCAGCACAGAGAUCUUAAUUAGGCUAAUAGAAUCAGUAGCCUGCAGUGUUCAUAGUUGGCCACAGGGGGGCACCUGAGUUUAAGCAGCAGAAUGGGAUGAGGAGGUUGCAAUUCAUAGAAUUGGCCACCAGAGGGCACCCUGUGCUGUUCCAGGCUCUUUCUUUGGAUCCGGAUCAGGAGCAUUUCCCCAAGUACUCAUGUUUUGGGCACGUUACUCCAGUGUUGGCCAGGAUUGUGUGAGGGGGAUACACACCCCAUUGCAAACAUACUGUGCAAUGUGUGUUGUGUGCCAUCAGCCAGCAAAUUGUGUCUGAAUCCCAUGUUGGUCUGAAAGAUCAGCCUUGAUCCAGAAUGAACUGAAACCAGCGUAAUGCUGGCUGGCCCGAAAAUGGUGCGUAGUUCUCACCCAUCAAAUCUAAGAAGGUGCUUCCUGAGUGUGAAACAGAAGAGAGAAUCUUCCAGUUGGUUCCUGGAGUGGCACCAAGUAGAAUGCGAACAGGCCGGAGGGCAGGUUUCAACAGAUGAUGCAAUUUGUGGUUUUGGGUUGCCUGCAUUCAGUUUCUACCUUUUAAAAUGUGUGCGCGCACACACUUUCUCCUUUGGCAACUGAAGCACUGCUGUCCCUCUUAUUUGGACUAUAUCAGCUGACCCUCCCUGAGGCUUACAUUGAAGGUGUGAUUUUGUUUCUUAAAUUGGCAAUUGAUUUAGCAAAUCAUUUAAUAGUUGCUUCUCAGAGAAUUGGCCAGACCUAGUUUCAUUGGUAGUGUGUCUUAACCAGGGCCGUCUGAACAGUAUUAUGGGCCCCGGGCAAAGCAGUGUCCUGGGGCCCCUGGGACAACUACAACUGCUGUUAAGUUUGGGAGUUUUCCAAUUUUCCAAGGGUUAACAUACACAGAUUAGUAAGGGUCCCACGGGCAAGUGCCCAUCAGGCCCACGCGUUAAGACGGCCCUGGUCUUAACUGGGCUACCAGAAUCAAGAGGUUGCAGUGCACCACCUCGGCCACAGGAGGGCAGCCUCACCU